AUGUACUUGACACGCCAUCAAGCGGCGUCUUUCCCAUUCCACACUGCUCACUCCAAGACAAUGCUCCCCACACGUAUCGCGCUCGCAGGCGCAACAGGCAAUCUCGGCCAGCCCGUUCUCUCCUCUCUCCUUUCUGAAGGAUAUCUCGUCACGGUCCUCAGUCGAAUUGGCGGCAACCGCUCCAAACUCGCGCCUCACGCGAACCUCCUCAUCAAAGAGGUCGAUUUCACUUCCGUCCCGAACUUGAUCACUGCGCUACAACAUGUCCAAGUCGUCAUAUCCUGCUUCGCGACCUCCGCGCUCGGUAGCCAAAACACCCUCAUUGACGCCUGCGUAGCCGCUGGCGUGCAGCGCUUCAUCCCCGCCGAAUUCGGCAUGGAUUCGCAGAACCCGCUCGCCACGCAACUACCCGUGUGUGUGCCUAAAGUUGAUACGCAAACCUACCUUUGUGAUAAGGCCAGAGAGAAUCCGCACUUCUCCUGGACGGGAAUCGCGAACGGGAUGUUCCUCGACUGGGGGAUGCAAAUGGGCAUCAUCAUCGAUCCUGCGAAACACCGCGCGACGUUGUAUAAUGGCGGCGAUGUGCCCUUUAGCGCGACGACGCUGGCUGAUGUAGCCAGAGCGGUACUUGGGAUUAUUAGAAAUAUGGAAGAAACAGCGAAUCGACUGGUAUAUGUGCAUUCUGCGCGUGUGACGCAGAACCAGCUUAUUCGGUAUGCCAAGGAGAAGGAUCGGGAGGUAUGGGAUAUUGUAGAAAUGGACACGGACACGGUGAAGCGGGAGAGUUUGAGGGAGCUGGAGAAGGGUGAGGGGGUGGGUGUGGAUAGAGCAAUGUUGGGGUUUUGCAUCACGGCUAUGUUUGAUGCAGAAUACGGAUGUGACUUUUCAGGGAAGCUUGAUAAUGAGUUGUUGGGGGUUGAACAGCUAGGUGCAGAUGAAGUCCGGGAGGUCGUGGAGAGAUGCAUGUAG